AUGCCAACACCUGCACUUGAGUCAGUUCUGUUCUAUAAACUAGAUCCGAAAUUUUUACGUCGAAAUCAAUUUGAAUUUGCGGCAACAAAGCCGGGUGCUGCUGAAUUUGGCACUGUUGUACAAUUAUCAGCAUUAAAACUAAUUCAUGUUGAUAUAGUUGUUGUUGCAUCAAUUGUUGUUAAUCCAAUAACUGGUGCUUGA